AUGGAGAAAGUCUCUGGCCCUCUAUUCGACAAGCAAGAGACAUCGACAAACACGGAUGCGAACGGCGCUGACCCGGAAAUAACCCACAACAGCUUACUAGAAAACAAAUCAGAUUCCCUGCAAGCAGCAGAACUUCCACAAACUAAGGACUCGCCCUUGACUGACAUCGGCACAUCUCCGCCUCCCUUUAACCUCCAAACACUAGACCAGAGACGCGCACAUUCCAGAGACUCGUACGAAAGCUCUGAAUUGAGUGACUUAGGUGCGGAGGAGUCUGAAGCAGAAACUGAUAAGAUGGAUUUUCUAGACGACGAUUCCAACUCAGGUCUGGGCGAAAAGGUGUCAGACUUACAAGCUCUUUCCGAGCUCACAGAGUUGGCAAGGCUCCAAGAAGUGGAUUCCGAUGAUUCGGAUGAAGAAGGCGAUAUUUACGUCAAACAACUCAGAAAAUCUGCCUCGCCAACUAAUCUGACCGCUUCACCAGCUGUCUCACCCAAUAACAAGAGGCUUCACAACGAAGUCGAUGAAGAUUCCAAUACCAUAGCCGAAAUUUCUGAACAAGGUGACAAUCAUUCUCUCAAAAAAGUCAAGACCUCGCCUAUGGAAAAAGAAGAACAGCAAGAUGAAGAAGAAGAAGAGGAAGAGGAGGAAGAGGAAGAGGAAGAGGAAGAAGAAAACGACGACACCAAAGUGGUGGUGAACGCAGAAUCAGAGAUGUCUGAUAAGCAUACUUCCUCUACCACACACAUUUCGACCAAUGAACCCAAAUCAACUUCCGUGGACCAAACUAUCAAGGAAGAGGGAACAGAUGAUAAGGAUGAGGUGCUGCAGGAAGAAGAAAUGGAUACUCUCGAGAAGGAGGAUGAAGAGAGUAAAGAUAACGUGAAUCCUACCUCAGAGGGAGAUGCGGAAGCAGGAGAGGCAGAUGUAGAAGAUACUGUAAAGCAGGAGGAACUUGAUGAACAACAAGAGCAAUCUGCCGCUGAAGCUGAAGAACAAUCUGAACAAACACGAGAGGUAGUUGAACCAUCGGAGACACAAGACGAGGUGGGUGAAGAUAAUGGAGAGCUUGAGAACGGAUUGAGCGAUAUCAACCUCGACGAACAUCGGAGAUUAGCUGUCGAAGAAUUGAUUCUGAUCGAAACAGAUUUUGCUCACCUUCGGGAUAAGUUGUACCAUGAUAAGCUCAGCUUUUUGGAAAAAGAAUUGCAACUCUGUUUGGAUGGAUCUCAUCCAGAGCUUUUGGAGAUAUACUAUAAGGUGAAUGAGUACUACCAAGACAGUAUGAAAAUGGCCAACUCAACGCUCAAUUACAGCCUAAAAUGCAUUAACAAUGAGACCAUUGCCACACGAACCGCCAUCCCAUCAAGACUUUUUGAGAAAGUUGAUGGACAUGAAAAACGAUAUGGUGACGAAAACAACAUCUCAGUGGUAUAA